AGAUUUAUUAUUUGAUUUUGUAUAAUUUUUCGUGAAAAGUAUUUAUUAUAGAUUAUUGGUUAAACAAAUUAUUUAUUUUUACUAUCUAAUUUUCCAAAUAUAGUUAAAUGUUCAAUUUGAUUAGUAAACUAUUCAGUUAAGAUAUGUUCAAGAAUAUAAUUCUUGAAUUAUGAUAUAAUGUAUUGUUUACUGUUGUUGACUCUUUAAUUUAAAAAAAUUUAACAUGGCCACUGGAACAAAUAGAAAUAAAGUUGCUUUAGCACCAGGUCAUUCUUUAAUGGAUUGGAUUCGCUUGGGUAACUCAGGAAAUGAUUUAAGCGGAGUUGGGGGUAAAUUAAUAUCUGUUUCAAGAUCAGAGUUAGCUAAACAUAAUAAAAAAAAUGAUGCUUGGUUAGCAAUAAGAGGUACAGUAUAUAAUGUAACUCAUUAUAUGGACUUUCAUCCAGGUGGUGUAGAUGAAUUAGUACGAGGUAUUGGUACAGAUGCUACUAAACUAUUUUCAGAGAUACAUGCUUGGGUGAACUAUGAAUCGAUUCUUCAAAAAUGCAUUAUUGGUCGUUUAGUGAAUGAAGAAAUAUAUAAACUACCAGAAGUGUUAAAAUCAGCAAUAGAAGAUGAUUUAAAAAUUGAUUGGUUUCAGCAACUUAAUUUUUUGUGUUUUGUGUUUUACACAAAAACACCUUAUCCUGAAGUAUCUAUGAAAUUAAAAAGUCUAAGUGAAUUUGAUUGUACUCUCAAUGGAAUUACUAGAUGUGUAAAACUUCAUAGUAAUAUUAAAUGGCCUUUCAAUGUUAAAGUUGUAGCCGAAACUGGAAAAGUUCAGAUAAAACUGUUUAAAAAAAAUUUAGCCCUUUGGCCCACAUUUGGUAGUAUAUCAGUUGCUAAAUAUUAUCAAAUUAAUUACUGGAAAUGUACAUUAAGUGAAAUAUAUGAAGUUACCCAUAAUGUAAACUUUUUAUUAUUCAAAUAUGAAGAAAAUGUAUAUAAUCAUGUAUAUCCUGGACAACAUGUUUAUAUUAAAGCUAAUUUAAAUGUAGGUAAUGAUGUAUCUCGACCAUAUACACCUGUUUGGCCUCUUGUUGAAACUAGUAAAUAUGGACAAAUUUUAGAAGACAAAAUAUGCUUCUUAGUAAAAACAUAUACUCAUGGAAAACUUAGUCAAUAUUUAUAUUCUUUACAUCCUGGUGAUAAUAUUGAAGUUAGUAAACCACAAGGUUUAUUUAAAUUUUGGACAUCAAAAAAAAGUAUUAUAAUGCUAGCAGCUGGAACAGGUUUAACACCAAUGGUACCAAUUAUUUGGAAUGCUUUGCAUUCCUCAAUAAAAGUGUAUAAUGUAACUUUACUUUAUUGGAACAAAACAAAAAAAUGUAUCAUUUGGAAAGAUCACUUAGAUAAAUUGUGUGCCAAUUAUUUACAAAGGUAUAUAUUAUACUGGUUUGCAGUUCAUUAUAUGGUUACAAAUGAUGAAAGUCUAGGAAAUGUGCAUAACAAUCGUAUUGAUGAACUAAUUAUUGAUAAAUAUGUUCCAGAAGUAACAAAAAAUAGUGAAGAUAACAAUGGUAUUUGCAUAUGUGGUCCUUCUGGAUUCAACCAAUUAUGCGAAAAAUUAAUUAUUCAGAAGGGUUACUCUCCAGAAGACUAUUUUGUUUUUGGAUAAGAUCAGUACUGUAAAAUUUUAUUCAAAAUAUUUAAAAAAAUCAUUUUAAUGUACAAAACUUUGGUAAUGACUCAUUAAAUAAAUUAUUUACCAAUAUUUA